UUUCCCUUUUGAACCCAACCAUGUCUGAUGCCUUCUGUCCAAUGACCCGUGCUGUCUGUUUGGGGAGCGUGACACUGGCCCCAAGCUAAAUCAGCCUUUUGUCUGUCCUCAUAAGACAAGUCUCCCUGCUUGGCAGAACACAGGACUCAGGCUCAGACUGAAGCUUAGCCCAUUGAGAAACCGAGAGCUAGAGCGGCUGAAAGCAGGGGCUGGUGGAGGCAUGAGGUGGCAGUUUCUCAUGCAUUGCUGAUUUCUGACAGACCAUAAAUCGAAUUGCUAAGACUGCAAAAAGGGAAAGGGACUGUUUGAAGGGGAAUACUUUCUUUACUUUUACUGAUCAAAAGCUUGAACAUCCUUCUUCCUUUGCAUUUCAAUACAGCUACCCUUCUUAAGAAAGAGAACUAAGAACGUAAAAAAAAUAUAUAUACAAAAGAGGUGAACAGGAAAUGAGGUACGUGAUGCUGUGGUUUAGAGAUGCAGGUCUUUAAACCACAGCCAUCACAUGACGUGGAUUUCCGCUUUGACACAUUGCUUUGCUGCACAGCAGGGCAGGGCCACACAAUCACUGAAAACCUGCUGCAGCAGAACAUGAUGGUGCUUUGAGGACUACUCUACCAUGCAGUCCACCAUGAAUUUCAAUGGACUUCAACGCCAGGGCAGCCAAGAGAAUUACAUUCUGGAUAAUACUCUGAGGAAGAAAUGCUCCCUGUGGUACCGACGUUCACUGAAGGGAAACAAUGAUCGACACCGGCAGAACACAGGCUCUAUGACCAGGGUACGCAAGCCCAAACAAACCCACUCCAACUCACUGGUUGAUUACUCUGACCCACAAAGGACCACAAUUGUACUAGAAAAACAAGACAAUGAAACAUUUGGUUUUGAAAUUCAGACCUAUGGCCUGCAGCUGAAGGACAGCUCUGCAGUGGAGAUGUGUACAUUUGUGCGCAAUGUGCAGGAGGACAGUGCAGCUGAGAACGCUGGCCUAACCGCAGGAGAUAUCAUCGUCACUAUCAAUGGGGUCAGCAUUGAGGGAUCAUCUCAUCAGCAGAUACUUGAUCUGAUAGGAGAGUCAAUCAACAAUCUAAAGAUGGAGACUGUAUGUGGGAAUGUAGUGAAGCAGAUAGAGCUGGAGAAGCGCAUGAACCUGCUUAAGCAAUCACUACGUGAGAAAUUGGUGGAGCUGCAAGCACUUACUUUACAGGAAAAGCGUCUAAUGCGAGGUAACUUGAACACCAGCAGCCUCCACCUCUCAAUGGACUGUGCACAGAUUCUGGGCUCCCCCACAGGCCGAUGUGGCCGGCGUUUUUCUAGUGACAGUAGCUACAGGAGCGUGAUGACUGAUGACAGCGACCAGGCCAGUGUGUUUGGGGAUCUGAACUCUCCCAGCCCCUGCAGUGCAUCCAGCACCACAGACGACAGUUGCUUCUUCUCCAGAGAUUUUCAAUCACAGGACAACUCGGGCAGAUUUUCAUCCAGCCAUUAUCACCAAACCCUCGGCCGCUCCAGCAGCUCCAGUUUGGCCGGCAGCACCAGCUCCCUCUCGCCUUCCUGGGACGAAACAAGGAUCUCCUCCUUGUUUGGUACCCUGCCCCGUAAAAGCAGGAGAGCCAGUGUUCGCAAGCACAUCUUCAAGUUAAUUCCUGGACUCCAGCGAUCAGUUGAAGAGGAUGAGACUGGAACAAACACUCAGUGACAUGUUGCUCACAUACUCUGUGUCUACUUGAUACUAAGGGUUAACAAAGUUUCUCCUGCUCUGAACAAGUUACAGAAAGAAUUAGACACUGUAAUGACGUGUUCACACACACACAAAAAUGAUAAUAAGCAUUUUUUUUAUGUGGACACAGAGAUGAUGGACAUUGCGGCACCUGGCAUUUGUCAGUGUCAGUUUACCCGGGAGGGCCCUGAGCCGUUAAGGUGAGCUUGGCUCACUGUUGGGCUUAGACUUGUGGUGGCACAGAAGCAUUAUAAAAACGUAAAAUGUUCUUCCUCUGAACGUGCUUGAAUGAAUGUACAUACAAGAUGGUGAUGUAUGAGUGUGACGAGCAUUAAUCGUAUCAGUCUGAACUGCUGUAGCUGUAUUAUGUAGCAACUUGAAUUUUAAAAUGAGACUGUUGUAACCUAAAAUACAUGAUACUAUAGACACCAUUCAUUUUUCAGGUCAGGUAAACAUUUAAGUAUUUCUGUCACGUUCAGGUGCUGAAAACCAAAACCAAAGCUCUACUCUGUAUAGAUGGCUGCUCAGCUCAAAACAGGAUGUGGGUAGAAGAGGUACUACUUAACUCUUUUCCUUUCCAAAAUACUUUUCAGGCUGCAUACAACUUACUUUCAGUGUUGGUUUUGUAAAUUCUGAAAUUUGUAUGUUUCAAAUAGAGAAUGUCACGCUUUAUUUUUUGAUAUCAAAUCAAGAUUAUAUGUAUGCAAAAUACUUAAAAAUAAAAUAAAAUAAAAAAUAAACUUGUGACGUCU